AUGUACAUUAAGAAAAGAAAAGGAAAACGCUGUGAAAAUACAACAAAGAUUUAAUAAUUGAUGCAAGAAUUUAAACCAAUUUAGAUAAACCAAGAUGAUUCCUAAAAAAAAUUAGUAUUCCAUUUACAGAAAUAAACGCUAAGAGGUGGCGGAUGUGGAAGUUCGAUAGAAGCCGCUUCUUAACCUUCUAAUUUACCUUGUUAUAUUCCCCUAGAUUUUUCUUCAAAUAUUAAAAAGUAUUCAAAUAUAAUUGGCGAGAAAGCAUCUCUAAUAUUUGAUAAAAAGAAAAAAAAUGAAGUUUUGAUAGCAUUUUUAUGGUUUUAAGACAAUACCAUAUAUAUUUAAUCCUUAUGUCUUAAUGAUUAAAUGACCUUAAAACAUUAUCCUUUAAUUGAAAGAACUUUAGAAAAUUUAAUGAAAUGCCUUGAUAUUUAUUUACAAAGUUCAGGAUAUUUAUUAUAUUAAUUACUUCAAAUUUGUAAUUGUUUAAUAAGAGUUAUUUUUACUUAUCAAUUAAAAAACGAAGAUCGAUAUUUGGAAGAGAACUUAAAAUAAGUUUUUUCAGAAUAAAUUGCUAAUAUCGAAACUAUGAUGUAAAUAGAAUCCUCUAAUAUUUGGAUAACUGGUGUUGAAUUUGAACUAUAAUUGAUAAAAACGUGGCUCUCUCAUUGUCGUACGAAUUCCUAGAAAUCAAAAGAAUUAGGAUUAUCUGUAUUAAGUGGUAUAGUAUCAUCAAUUGUAUAACUUAAGCCUAGCGAUGAAUUAAUAGAAUCUUUAAUUGAAAGUGCUAAAUUUAUUUUGAUGAACUUUUUUGAAUGCUAAAUAAAGAAUCCAAUAUAAAAAUAUGAAAUAUAUUACUUUUUUGAAAGUUUAAAGUGGUCGAUUUUAAAUUAAUUAUUGUUAGGAUGUUCUGUUUAAAAAUAGAUUAAAUAAAUUGAAGAAGGUUUUAAAAAAUAUAUUGAACCAUCAAAAGAUUGGAUGAUACAUUUUUGUUGGAUAAAUGUAAUAUCUGACUUAAUUACAUACAGGCCUAUCAUUCACUAAAAUAAUAUUUCAAAAAUAAUUAAGUCCAACUAACCAGUUUAUGUAAUUUUUAAAGAGCUAUUAAAUUCUUAAUAUAUUGUAUAAAUUCCUUAUGAUAAAAAUUAAGCAAGAGUUAAAAUUUUUAAUGUAGAAAAAUCCAACUAUUAAAUAUUUAAGGAAUUACAAAUUUUUUAAGAGUAUCUCAUAUCUGAAGAAGUUCAUGAACUAGGAUUGUGGCGUAAAUAUAUUAAUUUUGAAAUUAACAAUCAUUAAAAUUCUAUUAUAAGCAAUUAUGAUUUAAAUUUAUAGUUAUUGAGAAGUUAAACAAACUGUGAUGAAAUUUUUAAGUUGAAUACGCUGUUACAAAAUUUAAGAGAUGAGAUUUUAAAAUUAAUUGAAGAAGUAAAAUAAAAAAAAUUUUAAUUGUUUAAUACUAAAAAUCAAUAAAAAAUAUAACUUAAUAUCUAAAAAUAAGAUCUAAGAUCUGAAUUGAAACAAAUAAAAUUAAAAAGUUUAUAAUUAAUAUAUAUUUGUAAUGAAAUUGAUAUCAAAUUAAAUUAAGAAAAAGUAAAAAUUACCAUAAUUAUGGAAACUUUAAAAUUAAAUGAAGAAGAUUGUUUGUUAAAAUAAAAAAAGUAAUAUUAACUAUUUAUUGAUUCCUUUUAAAAAAUCAAUUAAUCUUAUUAAUAAUUGCAAUUAAUUUUCAACUAAGUACUUAAUGUUUGGUUUCACUUUUUUCAAUUCAUAUAUAUAAAUUAUGAUGUUUCAAAAGAUUUAAGCUAAUUAAAUGAAGAAGAUACCUACGAUUAAGAUAAAUUUAACUCUUCUGUUACUCAGAUUAUUGAUGAAGUAAAUAUGUUAAUUAAUUUAAUAAAAAAAUUAUAAUUAAAUUUUACAUCAAUAUUAUGUCAGAACAGCAUUCGAAUAAUAAUUCAAGAAACAAUAUCAUUUAAAAUGCUGUCGGAAAAGUUAAAAGAAAUUUAUUAAUUAUCUUUUUUCAAAUAAAUGAUAAUUUAAUCAAAACAAUUUAUUAAAUAGAAUUUCUCUAUAGAAAAAUGGAAAUUAUAGUAAACGAAUUAUCAAAAGUAUUUAACUGAAUGUAGAAGUCUUAUUCUUAUAAUUUUUACAAAUUAUCGGCUUUUAUAAAUAAACAGUAUUAAAUUAAAAAUAGUUAAGGAAAAAUUAACUAAAUAAUUGAGUUAAGAAUAAGAAAAUAAUUUGAACAGUAAAAAUACAUAAAAUUUUAAGGAUUAAAUUCUUAAAAUUAUUAAAAGCCAAAAAGCAAAAUUAGAAUUAAUUUAAAAUACAUAUAGUUCUAUUGAGGCUAAUUAAGGAGAAAUUUAAGAAUAUGCUAAUUUUAUUUAAUCAAUACUUUAAGAUAUUGAAUGGAUCUCUAAAAGUGAUUUCGAUUAAUAAUUUAAAAAUAGUUUCAUAACUAUUUUUUAAGAAAUAAUUAUCAAAUUAUAAAUAAUUUUAUUUAUACCCAACGAUAAAACUUAAAUUUUAAAAGACGUGUUAGUUAUUUAUGAAAAAAAUUAUGAUCCAGAUUUAAUUAGCUAAAAGUCUUAGUUCACAAUGCAAGAUAAGAAAAAAGUAAGUAAUAAUCUUAAUAAAGAAAAUCUUUUUGUUUUAGAACCUGAAUUAAUUAAAUCUUUAAGCAACAUAUUGUAAAUGACAAAAAAAAUAAGGUUUGUAUUAAAAUCUAAUUUAAAUAUUCUUUUAAUGAUGCAUAAAGAUCAAUAUAAAGUAUAAACCUCAAAUACAAAUAUUUAAGAUAUUUCCAAUAUAGAACCCAUUCUAAAAAAUCUAUCAGGGUAAAUUCAAAAAACAUAAUAAAAUUUGGAAAAUUUCAUUUAAAAUAUCUUUGCUUAAGAAGAAGAAAAUACAUGUAACUAAUUUUAAUAAUGUGAUUUAUAUCAAUCGUAUUUAAUAUUGUUUGAUUCAAAUAUAAAUCAAUCAAAUAAGAUGAACAAUUAAUUUGAAGAAAUCAUACUUGAUGAGAAUUUGAAUUUUAUUUUUUAACAAUAACAUUUGGAAUCUUUUAAAUAACAAAAUUUAGGAAUAUUAACUUUAUUUGAUAAUACUUCUUAUAAAGCGAGAGAAUUACUUGCAUUUAAUUUGAUUAAAGCUUAAUAUAUUGUUUAGGAGGGAACUCUAUAAGAUAUAUGUUCUAACCUUUUGAAACAAAUUUGGAUUGUUGAAAAAAAUCCUAGUGUAAGGAGAGUUUUAUAAAAUCAAGAGAUGAUUGAAAUGCAAAAAUAAUUAUUUUCAAAAGAUCUUUUUUUAUUUUCAAAUUCACUAAAAAAUGAUAUGAUUAAUAAAUUAAAGUAAAUAGAGUAAUUAGAGAAUCAAAUCUUUUAAAAUGAUAAUUCUGAGAAAUUAUAAAUUUAGUUUUAAGAAGCAUAUGAUGAAUUUGAAGUAUUUUUAGAUAAUUUAGAUGACAUGUCAUAAAAAUUAGAUAUUUAAAUGAUAUUUCUAAAGGAUAUUAGCAAAAAUUUGUAAACAAUAAAAUGUAAACUUGAUCGAUUAAUAAAAAAUGUAUCAGAAAUAGGAAAUGAUGUGAGAAGAUUGAGAGGUAAAAAUAUUUAUGAAUUAUUAUAAUUAAGGAAAGAAAGGGUAUUAAAAUAACAGGAAGAAAAUGAAUUAAAUUAAAUAUAUGUUGAAUAGAGGACAUAGGAAUAUGAUCCAAAAACUGGAUAAAAAUUCUCUAUAGGAGAUGAUAAAAACACUCCUUAAAUCACAUUUCUAUUAAAAGAUUAAUAUGAUGAUUUUAAUGGUGAAAUAAAUAAAUUUUUAUGGGACAAAAAAGAAAGAUAUAAAGAUGCUUUACUAAUUAAAGGAAAAGCUGGCUCUGGUAAAAGUAGAGCAUCAAGAAAUAUUGAAGAAUUUUUAUGGAAAUAUGAUAUUUAAUAGCCAAAUUGGUAUCCAAUCAUUAUUUCUUUACCUUCUUUAAAUGAUCCAUUACAUAAUUUAAUUGAUUAGGGAUUAGAAUCAGAAAUUUACAAUUUUGAUAAAUUAUAAAUAAGAGAAUUUAAAGAGGCAAUCUAAAAUGAAAAUAUAAAAAUUGUUUUGAUAUUGGAUAGUUAUGAUGAGAUGAAAAAUGAAUUUAUUUAAGCAAAUUUGAUUACUACAAAUCGUUUGAGUUAAGAUUUAAAUAUUAAAGAAUCUGGAUAGAAUCUCAAAAUUAUUAUUACUUGUCGAGAAGAAAUAUUAACAUCUUCUACUUAUUAAUCUUGGUUUUAGGGAAAGAGUAUUGAUUCAUUUAAAGAAGUUUAAUUGGUUCCAUUUGAUGAAAAGUAAAGCAGUCUUUACAUAAGGUUAUUUAUUAAACUGAGUAUCAGAAGAGAGUUAUCAUAAUUUUAUGAUAUGAUUAAAUAAUUAAAAGGCAGUGGAUUUGUAUUUUCUGAAUUUAAAGCCAUCUGUUUAUUACUAGAUAAUUUAAUAAAUGAAAUUUUAUAAACUUCAGAAAACUAGGAUAUCCUCUUAUAAGAUCAAGAUGCAAAAAAAAUAGUUAAGAAAUUGUAAUAAAUUCCACAAUAUCAAUUCGUUAAAGAUCAAUAGUUUUUGUUUUUGUAAAAAGGACUUCUUUAAUUAUGGAGUGAAUAAAAAUUCACUUAAACAAUUGAAAAUUUUAAAAUUAAUGAUUUUUUGAAAACACCAUUUAUGAUAGAGAUAAUUGUAUAAAUUUUACCAAAAAUCUCUUAAAACUAUUAACAAUCUUCAACAAUAAGAGAAUUGCUGUAAAAUAAUUAUAAAAAAUUGAAAUAUUAAAUACUAUAAUAAAAGCAAACACUAUAAGAAUAUCAAUCAAAAACUGGUAUUUAAGAAAUCAAUUUUAAUUAAGUCAUUGAAAAAUAAUUAUCUGAAAUUAUGCUUGAAUUGGAAGAUCAAUGUUUUUUUGACAAAUACUUAAUAUCUUCAAAAGUAGAGUUUUAGGAUUAGUUUAUAAUACAAUCAAAUGAAAAAUAUCAAUUAAAAUAGGAUGCUGAAGUAAUUUAUUAAGCAUUGAAAAUUAAUUAAUUCACUACUUAUGAUUUUUAUCAGAUCUUUGUUAAUUAUUAUCAUUAAUAGUAGCUAUAAAAAUGGUAGGAAUUAGGAAAAGUACCUAAUUAACAGAUGAUUUAAAUAGAUUUAUUAGAAUUUUCUUAAUCUUUAGCUUUAGAUAUGAUAAUACAUCAAUAAUUUUAAGUAAAUUAUCAGCCAAAAGGAAGAUUGGCUCUUACUUCAAUAAAUUAAGAAAAUUAAAAAAAAUAGUUAUAGUGGGAAGAUUAAUAUUUUAGUGAAUAAGAUUUGGAUUCUGAUUACAAAAAGUUAAUACGAAAAUGUAUUCUAUUAAGCUCUAAUGGAAGUUAACAUUCAUUUACUCAUAAAUCAAUAUAAGAAUUUUUUGUAGCAAAAUACAUACUUAAUCUAUUAGAGAAUAUAUGCAAUAACAGUGAUGAAUAGUAAGUUGAUAAAAAAUAACUUGAAAAUAGUUUGAUGAACAAUAAUUCAUUUAAUUUAUCACAUGAACAUUUUAAAGGUGCUUUAUUGUUACUCAAAGGAAAACUAUAAAAUAAAAAUGAUAUUACAAAAUUAUUGACGUCAUUAGUUCAAUUAUCAUACAAAAAAGAAUCGAAGUUUAUUCGCUUAGCCUCCAAUUCUAUAUUUCUUUUAAGUUUAUUAGGAAAAAAUCUAGGAAAUAAAAAUUUCGAUUCAGUUUGUUUGUAGGAUACAUGCAUUAAUGGACUUAGCUUUUGUGAGAGUGUGUUAUCUGAGACAUGCUUUAACAAAGUUUCUAUUGACUCAUGUAAUUUUAAUAAUGCAAUCAUUACUGAUGCUGUAUGGAAUAAUAUAAUCACUAAAGAACGAAUUACUUAAGAUUAUAAAGGUGAAAAAAUUUUUGAAAUAAUUUUGAGUGAAAAUGGGGAUGAAUUUUAUACUUUAAGUGUGUUUAAUAAAUAUUAAAUAAUAUUUAGAUAAUUUACUUUUAAAUUGGAUUAAAAACCAAAAGAAAGAAGAUUUAAUUUGUAAUUUGAGGAUGAGAUUCACUUUAUUUCAAUAGCUAAAAAUUUAUCAAUUAUUUGUUGCCAAACAGAGAGUUCAAUAUAACUCUGGUAUUUGCAAGAUUUAAAUAAUAAAAUAACCAAUGAUGAUUGUAUUAUUUUCAAAAAUUUACUAGUUGUAAAUUUUGUUCUUAGUUAGGAUGGAAGUUAAUUGUUAAUAAACACAUAAAAUACAAUUAUUUGGUUUAAUGAACAUUUUAAUUUAAAAAUAAAUAAUACCUUAACAACAUCUGAGUCAAUAACUGAUUAGAAAACUAUUUUAGAGUUUAAAAUGGCAAUUUCUCUAAAUGCAAAACUUUUAGCCCUUUUAAUUAAUAGGAAAAUUAUAUUGUGGGACAUUCAAGAGAUUCAAAAUAUCACAAAGGUUCAAGAAUUUGAACUUAAUUCAGAUUUUAUUAAUAAUAUUGCUUUUUCUAAAGAUGGAAAUUAUCUUGUCUUAACCACAGAAUAUUACAACACUAUUGUGGAAAUUGAUAAUUAAAGAAAAAUUCAUAAAAUUUGCUCCUUUUUUAACUUAAGUUCUAAAAAUACAGCAUUGAUAUCUCCUGACAACAAUUAUAUGAGUUUUUAUAGUUCUGAAUAUUUAGCUAUAUAUCAAACUACCAAUAUUAAGGAAUUUUUCUAAAAAUAUAGAAUACCACACAAGUUAGAAUAUUCAAAAAAUAUGGUGGCGGUAAUUUCAAAUAAUUUCGAAUUAUUUGCUUGUACAAGUAAAUUCGCUACUUAAAUUUGGAAUAUUAAAGAACUUAAUUAAAUAUAAGAGUUAGGGGUUUUAGAGUCAGAGGAAUAUGAAAUGUAAGGUUUGGAAUUUUCUAAUGAUUGUUAAUAUUUAAUAUCAUUUAGUUAAUCAUAUAUUUUGUUUAUUUGGAAUGUGAAAUAAAUGAAAUUAAUAAAGAAAUUUACCAGUAAUUUUGCAAUUUCUAGUUUACUAUUUUCUUCUGAUGGAAAAGUAUUAGUCUCACAUUCUAGUUGUGAUAUAGUUCUGUGGGAUAUGUCAAAAAUUCAAGAACCAAUUAUAGUUAGGGAAAUUAAAAAUGACUUUGACAUUUUAUUUCUAAUUUUAUCAAAAAAAUCGAUCUAUAUGAUUACUUAUGAUAACCUAAAACAAUUUACAAUAAGGAAUGCUUAGAGCGGUGAGAUAAUUUAAUAAUUUAGGUAAGAGUCUAGUUUUGCAAUAUUUAAUGAUGAUGGCAAUAAAUUUGCUACAUAUUAUAGAGGAAUUAUUUAAAUUUGGAAAUUUUAAGAGAAUAUUUUUGUAAUAGUGCAUAUACUUGAAGUUCAUAAUAAACUCCUAUUUUUAAGCUCAAAUAAUAAUUUCCAACUUUAAAAGAAUAUGUAUAAUUAAAAAUAUAUACUUAAAGAAAUAUUAAAUGAAGAUUAUUAGUUUUCUGCAAAUCUAUAAUUAGAAAAUCAAGGUUUUUAAUUGAUUUUAACAGUUUAAAAUGAAUUUAUAGAAAUUUAGAAGGUAGAAGGAUAGAGCUACAACUAUGUUUAAAAAUAUACAAUAAUUGAGGCUGUUUUUUCUUCAGAUUCCUCUAUUUUAUGUUUUGCAACUAUAAACAAAUAAAUCAUGAUAAUGAAUAUUUCUAAAACAGUAAUUGUCAGCCAAAUUAAUAUUGAUACUAGUAGAAUUUGCCAUUUAUAAUUAUCCGAAGUAGAUGAUAUUUUAGCAGUAGCACAUUAAAAUAAAAACUAGGCCUAAAUUGAUUUAUUUACAAUCAAGAAUAGAGAAAAUCCUCGUUUCCUUUAAUCCAAUUAAUGUUUCUUUAUUCCUCGGGCAAUGUAAUUUAGGAAUAAUAAUGAAUAUCUUCUCAUUGUGAUCGAAUUCAUAAUUCUACGUUUUGAUCUAGAUAAUUUUAAAACACCAAAAUUAAUUGAUUUUCUUUAAUAAAAUUCACAAUUACUAUAGGAUUUUGAUGAAAAACAUUUAAUAUUUGUUAAUGAAGAUGGAUAAAUUUGUUCUUUAACAACACAUACUAUCAAUAAUAGUUUUGGAGCUAAUUUUUUAAAUAGUCAAUUGUCCUUUUUGUUUUUUUAAAAAAAUACAAAAAUUAUCUAGUUAUUUUUAUAAGAAGCGGAUAAUCUUUAUUUUAGAAAAAUAAAUACAAAUACUAAUUAAUAUGACCAACAUCAAAAAUUAAAUGUAAAAGUUACAAUAAACAAUAUCCUCCAAACAAAUAAAUCAGAUUAAUGGAUUUUUAGUGCAUUUUUAGAGAGCCAAAUAUAAUUUAUAAUUUUCGAUUUAAAAUAGAAUGCUAUAAUAAAUAUAAUUGAAGAUGAAUAUACUAAAUACAAUUUUUUUUCUAAUUUUUCAUUGUCAGAUGAUGAUUAAUAUCUUGCAAGUGCUUAUGCAAAUUCUUAUAUUAAAGUUUGGGAUAUGAAAACUUAUAAGCUUCUCUUUAAAUAAAAGAUGAACACUGAUUCUUUAGAUAGAGUUUUGAUAUCGACUAAAGGCAUGUUAGUAAGUUGUUAUAAAACCAAAUUAAAAGUUUGGAACUUUAAAGCAUUAAGGCAAGAAUAAAAUCUUGAAAUGGAUGGUCAUAUUUACUCAUUAUUAAAUAUAUUGGUCUCACCAGAUGGUUUAGUAUUAUAUUCUCAAUCAAAUGAUGAAAUUAAAUUCUGGGAUUUAGAAGAAUUAAAAUUGUUAAAUGAAUUCGAUAUAAGGGCUGCUUAAGACGGAAAAUUUGAUAAUACUGGUAAAUAUUUUGCAGUUAAAAGUGAGAUAGGAAUAAUAGUAUUUAAAUUCAUGAGCAAAUUUAUUAUUGAAAAAUUUAUUCUAAACACAGAAAAAGCUGCCAAUUACUAUUAUUUUACUUGUAAUUCUUAACAAAUAGUUUAAGAAUUUUGGGAUAGUGGAUUUUUCUGGAAUCUCAAAGAAGCAGAAAAAUUGAAUAAAUUAUCUUCUUAUAUUUCUAAAUAACAACCUGUCAUAGAAUUCACUUUUUCAGAUAAUUGCAAAUACGCCAUAGUGCAUAGUAAGUUCUAAAUAUUUGAAGUAGAUUCUAAAAUGAAAUUGAAGGAAAUAAAGUCUAAGUAAUUCUUAGGAUGUAAGAUUCUUAAUUUUAGCUUAUCCCAUUGUUUAAACAUGAUUGCAUUGUAAUAUGAUGAGUAAGAAUUAUUUAUAUUUUCUCUUAUGUAAAUGGAAAUCAUCAAAAAAAUUGAAUGCAAUGAUAAAAUAGGAUUAUUCUGUUUCUCUUUAAAUGAUGAACUUUUUAUAUUAUUAUGUAAGUCAUAAUAUUAAGUUUAUCAAGUAGCUAAUAAUUCAAUUAAUGAAAUAUCAAAAGUAGAGUUUACUGUGGAUUAGAUGUUCACUAAGAUAUUUCCAUUCUAAGCAAAUAAAUUUAUCUUUAUGGAACAAAAUUAUAUUCAAGUUUUUGAGAAUUAAGAAUUAGUUAAAAAACUUCCAGAAUAAGUUUAUCAAGUUGAUGCUUUUUGUACAAAAGAUAAAUUAUUAGCAUUUGCAGGAUACAGAUAAAAAAUCAUUACUAUAUAUUAAUUAAAUAGUUCAACUGAGAUUGAGAAAUUAGCUACUUUAAAUAACGUUGGAGUAAUUGAACAAUAUUAUCAUUUUAAUUCAGCAAUUUAGUUUUCUUAAAAUGGUUAAUUCUUAAUAUCACUUGGGGAUGACAAAGUCAUUAAAUUAUGGGACAUCACGAAUACAAUAUCAAUUCGAUUACUAUGUUUUUAAAAUAAUAUUUCUGUAAAUGCUUUCAAAAUUUUAUAAGAUCAAGAAUGUCGAAUAGCAUUGAUUGAUAAUAAUAAUUAAAUUCAUAUUGAACAUUAUGAUUCUAGUAUUUUACUUGCCACUUAAAAAGAAUUUCCUAAAAUUGAUUGUUGUGAAAUCUUAUAAAUAGCCUCACCUGAUGGAAAAUAUGAAUUAUGUUAUAAUGAUUAUGAUGAGAUUAUUUAAAUUUAUGUCUAAGAUAGAUAAUUAGUAAAUAAAAAAGCUGUUGAUAAAAAAAGUAUCAAUAAUACUAAGUUUUUUGACUCAUAAACUUUAGUUUGGAGUAUGGAGACUAAAAUUAUUUUUUGGAAAUUCUUAUUNUACUAUUAUUUUACUUGUAAUUCUUAACAAAUAGUUUAAGAAUUUUGGGAUAGUGGAUUUUUCUGGAAUCUCAAAGAAGCAGAAAAAUUGAAUAAAUUAUCUUCUUAUAUUUCUAAAUAACAACCUGUCAUAGAAUUCACUUUUUCAGAUAAUUGCAAAUACGCCAUAGUGCAUAGUAAGUUCUAAAUAUUUGAAGUAGAUUCUAAAAUGAAAUUGAAGGAAAUAAAGUCUAAGUAAUUCUUAGGAUGUAAGAUUCUUAAUUUUAGCUUAUCCCAUUGUUUAAACAUGAUUGCAUUGUAAUAUGAUGAGUAAGAAUUAUUUAUAUUUUCUCUUAUGUAAAUGGAAAUCAUCAAAAAAAUUGAAUGCAAUGAUAAAAUAGGAUUAUUCUGUUUCUCUUUAAAUGAUGAACUUUUUAUAUUAUUAUGUAAGUCAUAAUAUUAAGUUUAUCAAGUAGCUAAUAAUUCAAUUAAUGAAAUAUCAAAAGUAGAGUUUACUGUGGAUUAGAUGUUCACUAAGAUAUUUCCAUUCUAAGCAAAUAAAUUUAUCUUUAUGGAACAAAAUUAUAUUCAAGUUUUUGAGAAUUAAGAAUUAGUUAAAAAACUUCCAGAAUAAGUUUAUCAAGUUGAUGCUUUUUGUACAAAAGAUAAAUUAUUAGCAUUUGCAGGAUACAGAUAAAAAAUCAUUACUAUAUAUUAAUUAAAUAGUUCAACUGAGAUUGAGAAAUUAGCUACUUUAAAUAACGUUGGAGUAAUUGAACAAUAUUAUCAUUUUAAUUCAGCAAUUUAGUUUUCUUAAAAUGGUUAAUUCUUAAUAUCACUUGGGGAUGACAAAGUCAUUAAAUUAUGGGACAUCACGAAUACAAUAUCAAUUCGAUUACUAUGUUUUUAAAAUAAUAUUUCUGUAAAUGCUUUCAAAAUUUUAUAAGAUCAAGAAUGUCGAAUAGCAUUGAUUGAUAAUAAUAAUUAAAUUCAUAUUGAACAUUAUGAUUCUAGUAUUUUACUUGCCACUUAAAAAGAAUUUCCUAAAAUUGAUUGUUGUGAAAUCUUAUAAAUAGCCUCACCUGAUGGAAAAUAUGAAUUAUGUUAUAAUGAUUAUGAUGAGAUUAUUUAAAUUUAUGUCUAAGAUAGAUAAUUAGUAAAUAAAAAAGCUGUUGAUAAAAAAAGUAUCAAUAAUACUAAGUUUUUUGACUCAUAAACUUUAGUUUGGAGUAUGGAGACUAAAAUUAUUUUUUGGAAAUUCUUAUUAAAUUAAGAGUAAGAAUUUAAUUUUUAGGAAAAAACUGAGUAUUUAACUUCUUCCCCAAACAAAUAGGUAUUUUUAGGUUUAUGUGGUGAGAGGAAAAUAUUGGGAAUCUAUAAUAGUUAGACUGGUUAACAGAUAUUUUAACCAUAAACCUUUUAAUGUUCAGUAACUCAAGGUUGUUGUUCUCCUUGUGGCGAAAAAUUUUACAUAUCAUUUUACGAUGGAUCCAUAUAAUUAUUUAAGUUUGAUUCAAACAAUAUCAAUAAUUGUAAACCACCUAUUUGUUAUAAAGUCUUUGCAACAAAUUCUUCAUUUCUUGCCAAUAAUUGCCAAAUAAAUGGAUCUUAAUUUAAAAGCACUGAAAAUGAAAAUCUAUUUUCAUUAUUUGAAGAAAAGGGAGCCAUAAAUAAAUGA